CUCGCGGCGCUGCUGCUGCCUCUGUGGGCGGAGCAUAACGGGAAAGGGCCGGCUCAGUGGGGACGACUUGGGACUGUGGCGGCGACACCGCCGAGACCGAGGCGAGGCCUGCCGGGAGGCGGGCCUGCCGGGAAGGGGCGGAGCGAGUGGGACCGGGCGGGCGGCGGACAGACGACCUGACGGGUGGACGGCGGCAAGUGGACGGGCCGGGCCCGGCCGGGCGCGCGCCGUGCGUCGCCAUGACAGAGCAGACCUACUGUGACCGCCUGGUCCAGGACACGCCUUUCCUGAUGGGCCACGGACGCCUCAGUGAGCAGCAGGUGGACAGGAUCAUCCUCCAGCUGAACCGCUACUACCCCCAGAUCCUCAGCAACAAUGAUGCAGAGAAGUUCCGGAAUCCCAAGGCGUCCCUGCGAGUGCGGCUCUGUGACCUGCUGGGCCACCUACAGCGGAGCGGCGAGCGGGACUGCCAGGAGUUCUACCGGGCCCUGUACAUCCACGCGCAGCCCCUGCACAGCCGCCUGCCCAGCCGGCUGGCCCUGCAGAACUCAGAUUGCACAGAGCUAGACUCCGGCACCGUGGGCCGCGAGCUCAGUGACAGGGGACCCGUGGCCUUCCUGGCCUGCCUCGGCCUGGCCGCGGGGCUGGCGCUCCUCGUCUACUGCUGCCCUCCAGACCCCAAGGUGCUGCCGGGGACCCGGCGUGUCCUGGGCUUCUCCCCCAUCAUCGUCGACAGGCACGUCAGCCGCUUCCUGCUGGCCUUCCUCACAGAUGACCUGGGAGGGCUCUGAUGACCCUGCCCCCACCAAAGAACCCCGCCUGCCUGCCGAGGGGGCCCCACUUUUCUAAAUGUUUAUUUUUCACUAUUUAUACUUUUUUAAGAAAGUUACCUUCGCCUGACAAAGGUGCUCAACAUUAAAUGUUGGAGUCUUGUCGCUUC